AUUUUCUGGUCGCGUCAUACGUGCUAUUCGUUGGCCUUCACUCGACCUGGGCAUUCAUUUUGUUUCUACUCCAUGACUGAUGACCUCCGCCACCCAGAGAAGACGACUCGGAAAGCUAUAAGAGAGGGAUUAAACCAGCAGAUAUUCUCUAGCCCUCACAAUUGUACAGCUUAUUAAUCUCACUUCACCAUGUUCGCUCGUAUCUCUGUCUCUGCUUUCCUGGCUCUACCUCUCCUAGCCAGCGGCGGUGUCAUUCCUGUCGUCCUUCCCCGUGACGCUGUUACUACGAGCUCCCCUGUCUUCUGCCCUGUCGCUCCCCCCAUUCCCAUUCCUCGUGACGAAUCCAACGAACAUAAUGUUAUUAUGGGCAGGCAGGUUGUAACAAUCUCCCCAGUCAUCUCCCCAGUCCUUCCCCGUGAUGAAUCGGACGAUGGUGUGGCUAUUACAAGCAGGCAGAUCAUUCCCGUCCUUCCAGCACCUCCCGCCCCUCCAGCUCUCCCAGCCCCUCCCGCUUUUCCCGCCUUUCCGGCUCCUCCUGCCAUCCCAGUCAUUCCCCUUCCAGGCCUUCCCACCCUUCCGCGUGACGAAUCAAGUGCUAUCGCGGGCAGGCAACUUCCGGCACUUCCCGCCCCUCCAGCUCUCCCAGCUCCUCCUGCCACUCCAGUCCUUCCCACCCUUCCCCGUGACGAUUUGAGUGCUAUUACGGGCAGGCAACUUCCAGCACUUCCCGCCCCUCCCGCUUCUCCAGCUCUCCCAGCUCCUCCCGCCAUUCCAGUCCUUCCCACCCUUCCCAACGACGAAUCAAGUGCCAUCACGGGCAGGCAGGUUGUUACAAUCUCCCCAGUCCUUCCAGCCCUUCCCCGUGGCGAAGGUGCCGUGAUUAUGGGCAGGCAGGUUGUUACGAUCUCCCCGGUCCUUCCCGCCCUCCAAUGAUUUCAACAGCCUUGUUUCUCACGGCACCAGGGAAAUUUUCAUGAAUCGGAGCGUUUGGGUGAUUUUGUAAAGUAAUGCCUUCGUUAGUAAACGUAGAGAAAAUAACAUUGCUAGAUAGUAGCAAAUAAUGCUAAUGACUAUUAAUGAUUCUGCUAUUGCUCGGAGUUUCCUGUGAAGCGAAGCAUAACUCCCCUUAUCGACUAAGGACAUCGAUCCGCCGGAAUACAGAUGUUUGAGCUCUAGUACGUAGAAUGAUUAGCAUUGAUGUAUGUUGGAGAAAAUGUGUUC